ACAUGGCGGCCCCCGUAACCGUCUGACAUCUGCGGGUAAAAGACAACAACAAUCGAGGGGAAGGUGAAAAGUAUCGUGUGGCGAGUCGAUGACAGUUCAGACCGGAGGAUGAGGCUGUUGCUGUCGGUGUGGACGCGUCUCCAGAGACCUCCCGCUCCCACCGGCGCUCGGCUCGGCUCCGGGGCCCGCGGCGGCCCGCUAGCUGCCGGGGACGAGGCUCUGAUCCGGGGCUCCAGCCCGGAGCUGCUGCGGGAUCUCGGCUCGCAGGUGGAGGUGAAGACGGCCUUCAUCACCGAGGAGGAGGAGGCGGCUCUGCUGGGGGAGCUGGAGCCCGGACUCCGGAAGAAACGAUACGAGUUCAAUCACUGGGACGAUGCUAUUCACGGCUACCGGGAGACUGAGCGCGAGAGGUGGGGGGGAGCCUGCGAGGAGGUCCUGAGUCGUGUCCGGUCCGUUGCGUUUCCGGAGGGCUGUUCGCUCCUCGGGCCCGUGCACGUUCUGGAUCUGGACAAGACUGGCUACAUCAAGCCGCACAUCGACAGCGUCAAGUUUUGCGGCAGCACCAUCGCUGGGUUGAGUCUUCUGUCGGACAGCAUCAUGCGUUUGGUGAGGGAGGAUGCCAAGAACCAUUGGCUGGACCUUCUGCUGCCCCGACGCUCACUCUAUAUACUGAGGGACCAGGCCCGAUUUAGCUUCACUCAUGAGAUCCUGAAAGAUGAAGAGUCCGUGUUCAAUGGAGAGAGAGUUCCUCGGCAGCGUCGCAUCUCUGUCAUCUGUCGAAACCUUCCAGACUGACGCCCACACUGACUCCACCUGGACAUUCAUAAAGAGCAUAGCUUGAAUUUAAAGGAACUGUGUCACUGGUCUCUAUCUUUGAAGAAAUUACUAAAAGUCCUGUUCUAAGGUUUGCUUGAGAGUGAAGUGUUUAAUUUUAUACAUGAUAUUUUGAUAAUUUAAUCAAAGAAGUAUAUUAACUUCAUAAAAAAAAUAUGAAAAAAUGUCUAAUGGGCCUUUUUUGGCACCAAUGAUUCUUCACAUAUUGAAUAUUAAGUAUGGUUGAACACAUCUGUUGAAAAUAUGAACUAACUAAGCAAACAAUUAUCCUAUAAUAAAGAAUAAAAAAAAAAGGUCCAUAAGGAUACAUCUUAAUCAAUCUUUUAUUUAUUCAGUCAUUCAUUUAUCCUAGAAGGCUGCUUUAUAUAAUCUAUAGGGCGGGAUCUGACCUUUCUUAUUUUUUAAGUGAGGUUAAAUGUGCAUUUGUUGUUGUUUACUGUCCUAUUCUAUAAACAGCUUUGGUUGGAAAUCACUGAAAAGUUGUUAGGGGAGAGCGGGGAAAUGUGGGACAUCAGGUGAUGUGAAACACCCCCUGUAUCUAGGCAACGGAACACAUUUGUGGUCAUGUGACUAUUAUGUUUAAAAGCCCCUCCCAUUCCCCCCUUGCAAUGAAGGAUAAGUUGGUGCUGGUGCUGUGGAAAGUAUGUUUUUUCACAAAAAUGUAUUUUUGCAUGUAAAAGUAAAUUUUCUUGCUUUGAAAUUAA